AAUCCCUUCACAAAUGGAACAAACCUCGUAAGUCCUCCUAAAGAACCAUGCUUAAGCAAUACAGGAACAGAGUUUAAUAGAACAGAGGAAUAUAGAGAGGGAGGAAUUGGCCCUGUGUGGGGUAGGGUGGAAGAAUGGGGAUGGGAGGUGUAGGGGAGAAAGGAUGAAAGCCAAAUUAGUGCACUUAUAAGUCAAGUACUCCUAAUCCGACAUGCACAGUCACUAUACAAUGAGAAAAGUCUUCAAUUAAAAGCGCAAGACAGUGGCUCUGAAGAAUACAAGCUUAAUGCUAUGGAUAUAUCUAUGAGGGAUUGUAACUUAUCUGAGGCUGGCUUGACUCAAACCAAAAAUUUGCAGGAGCAGAUAAACUUGUUGAACAUCAGAAUUGUAUUGGUGUCUCCUCUGAAGAGGGCACUUUCAACAGCUUAUCACUUGUUCUGAGAGCAUCCGAACUUCGAAAAUAUUCAAUUCAUAGUGGUUCCAGAGAUUAGAGAGAUAUUCAGGAGUUUUGGAAGCGUCCCUGGCAAUACAAAGAAAGUUUUAAAGAAAUUUAAGGAAAAAUUCUCCUGAUUUGACACGAGUCAUUUAGAAGAAGAAUGAUCUGACACAACGAUAGAUAACGAGAAAUCCUCCUGAAAAUAUUUGAAAGACAAAUUUUUACCAGAACUGAGAGCUUUUGAAGACGAAGAUCUUGGCACAAUGGAUGAAGACGAGAUAUUAAACUCUGUUAAGAAAAAGAUUCUUGAAAAAUAUCCAGAUGCCAUUGAAGAAGCAGAAGAAGUUGAUAAUAGAGUUCAAACUGCCAAACUAAUAGUGAAGAGGUACCUUGCAACUCUCCCAAAAUCAGACUCUGAUCCUCCUAAGAUGAUGAUAGUGAGCCAUCAUCACUUCAUAGUCGAGUAUCUUGGUCUGAAGAAGUCUAGACAAGGAGGAACUGUUCCCAACUGCACUAUUAUUAACGAUCCUACUGAUUACUUCGAGAUCAUUGACGAUCUUUAA